AUGGCCAACUUCCUUAUCUCAGUUCUCCCUCGCGCGUUUCUGUGUCUUCACCUCGUGGGAACUCUCUCCUGUGCGGCCAAGGACUUUAAACACGUGCCCACGAGGAACCGAGCUCCCGACGCGCCGCUUUCCGCUCCGCUUUCCGAGCAGCUUCUUUCCGCGGCGCUUUCCAAGCAGCUUCUUUCCGCGCCGCUUUCCCUCCUCUUCUUUCACUGGUGUCUCCUCUCUGAGCAGCUGACACUCUCCUUUUGUGGUACAGCCGCUCCUCCAGCUCCUCCCUUCCCGAAUCCACCAGGCGUCUCCGCUGUCCAAGGCGAUCCUCCUCCAGAUGGGACUCGACACCGGAGACUCUCCGCCGACCCCUCCCCCUCGCCUCCUCCCAGUCCUCCGCCUCGUUCUCCUUCGAACGUUCCCCCUUCGCCGCGCGCCUCUCCUGCUCCGUUUGCGCUUCUUGCGCAGCCGAGUCCCGGAAGCUCUGAGGGUGGCCCAGGGCGUCUCGAACAAGCAGCGAGUUCCGGUUCUCCAACUGGUUCGGUGCAUGGCCCGUUAGACAGGGACAUCGCGCACUCUUCUGCGACUGCUCCAACCGAGUCGGCGUAUAGCCCGUCAGGAGAAACCCCACGGGCACCACGCGGGGAGGCUUCUGCCCGAGUUCCGGGGCUUGCGCUCCAAAGGUUCGGGUCGCCUGGGACUCCGUGGCAACCAGUCUUCGGUUCAAGUUGGACGGUGGAGAAGCGACCAGCCAGGAGGAGCUCGUUGCUUCGCGAUCCUCCGUCAGAAGACGACGGCGAAGAUUUGUUGCUGCGCGUCCCCUCGAGGUCCAUUCGCCGAGAGACAUCCCCGCCUCGCUCUUCCGGCGGCUUCGCGCCUGAGACGCCUUCGUCGCUGUACGCCUCCCCCUCCACUUCCCGUGAUGCCCGUCCAUUCGCCGUUCCAGCCUCGGCAGUUCCCGGCCUUGCGUCAAUGCGUCCUCGGGGGUCAGAGUCCGCAGGAAUGCGCAGAGAGGCCUCGCCGACGCGGGUCUCAGCGACCUGGCCAGGACGUCCCCUUCAGCAGAGUGUGUUGGGCGCUGGCGCCGGAGUCUCCGGUGCGUCUCCCGUUCCUCCGAUUGAACAGCCCAGCCCGCGAGCGCCGGCUUCGGCCUCGUCAGGCGAGACGCGGCCUGGCCCCGUUUUCCCGCCCGGGAGCACUUUGGCGCGUCCCCAACAGAGUCAGCUGUCAUCAGCUGCAGGCACGGCUUCCUCGGCAGAGCCCGAUGACCCCGGAGAGGGUACCUCAGCAGGAAGACGUUCCGGAGGAAACGAAGCGUUUCCGUUCUCUGCAUUAGCCGGUGGAGCGGCUGGUGGGUUCGCAGCUGACGAGUUGCCUUCGACGAGCACUAGUGGAGCCGGAGGACUGGGGAUGCUCCGUCAACCGGGCCCUUCACUUUCGAGGAGGCCUCUUGGGCCUGGCGGAGGUCCGCCGGGCGUUGAGGUGGUCAAGAGAGACGUGUUGGAGCAACUCCGUCGUUCGCGUGGGGGGAGCUCUGAUCCGGCUUGGUGGCAUCAACAAGUUCUUCCGUGGUAUAUGUGGUUUUAUCCGUGGGCGCAAGAACCUUCGCAAGAACACUACGAGAACUGCUUGCCGGGAAUGGCCUGCUGGCUUGCCGUUUUUGAAGUAGGCGGACUGCUCAAAACGAUGUGGCUGCCAAAGGAAGGAGUCGCCUUUUAUCGGAAUAUCCAACGCCUUAGAGCGACGAAUCGAGAGGCAGCCUUCGAAAAGUGUCGUCGUAGGAUGCUCCGGGAAAUGAAGGCAGCAGAUCGGGGGAGGCCGUAUCCGGCGUUUCAUCGUUGGAGAGAGCAGCCCCAUCGACCCGGGGUUCUUCCCCUCAGUAAAACAGCUUCACGGCACGUUAUGUGGCUGAGGGACAAGGGACAGUCUUUCAAUGCGCCGGAGGCAGUGGUCGAUCGACUGCUGUCGCGGGAAUCCAGCGACUCGUCGGAUGACGACUUCGAACCGCCCAUGAACCAAGAAUGGUCCCGGUGGAGAGAACAGGACCGCAACCGGCCUUGA